AUGACACCGUGCGAGGAGAUGGCUCCUGUUCGGGCUCUGAAUGACACAACUCUUGUUGUCUUUCAGGGUGCUGUUUCGUCGAUGUUUUCCAUCGCCGCUCCAGGCUGUUUGAUAUCAUUGCGCUUGUCCUGUUGUGCUUUUGACUUCAUCCGAACCAGCCCUGAGAGGGGCCUCGCCCACCUCCAAAGGCGUAUGUGGGCCUCUUCGGACGCGCUCCUGCGAGAGGGGGACGGAGGCUUUGGGGCGCUUUGCCUCGAGUGCUUCGUCUGUCAGGCGAUCGCAGACAUGGAUCACGGAGUAUAG